AUGAGUUACUUCCUGUCUUACUGCAAAGCUCAUGGAGGCGCGCUGCUCACCGGCUACCAGGCCCUGCGCGCCGAGGGCUUCCUGUGCGACGUGACGUUGGAGGCCGAGGGCAGCGAGUUCCCCGCGCACAGGUCUCUCCUCGCGUGUUCCAGCGACUACUUCAGGGCUCUGUUCAAGAGCCACACCCGGGAAUCCCGGGCACGCGUGAUCCACCUGCACGUGCCGUCGGCGGCUGGCCUUCAGCGCUUGCUGGAUUUCAUCUACACCGCCUGGCUGCCACUCUCUAUGGAUACCGUGGAGGACACGCUGGAAGCCGCCAGCUACCUACAGGUCACUGAGGCCCUGGGGCUGUGCGGCCGCUACCUGGAGCGCCUGCUGGCUCCGGAGAACUGCUGCUUCGCUGCCAACGUGGCGGCGCGUUUCGGCCUGGCACACACGCUGGACGCGGCUGAGCGCUAUAUCGUUCGACACCUGCGGGAGCUUUUGGCGCGGGGAGCGGGCCCCGUGGGGCUGCUGGAGCUCAACCCCGCGUCGCUGAGGGCCGUGCUGGGUGCCCCCAACGUGGCGCGGGUGCCAGAGGCUGGGCUGCUGGGUCUGGCGUUAGCCUGGCUGCGACAGGAGCCCAAGGCUGAACGCCUGGCCUACUGCGCCACGCUGCUGGAGCGCGUCCGUUUCGGCCUGGUGCCCGCCGACGUGCUGCGGCCCGUGUACUCGGGCUCCGGCCUUGUGCUGCCCGCCUGUGUCAAAGGCCUCAUCAUCCAGGCCCUCAACUACCAUAUGGCACCCUCUCGCCAGCCGCUCUUGCAGGACGAGCAGACCAGCGUCCGGAGCCCGCAAACCCGAAUCUUAUUGGUCGGGGGGCGCAGGGGGCGGGAGAUGGUGGCUGAGGAGGUCGCGGUCCCCCAGGGGGUAGCCAGGGGCAGGGGCGCCGCAGUGGAGCCUGAGGAGGAGGAGGAAGAGGAGCAGUUGGAGGAGGAAGAAGAGGAGGACGAAGAGUGGGAGCUCACCCAGGACGUGGUGGCCUUCGAUGUGUACAACCACCGCUGGCGCAGCCUCACGCGGCUCCCUGCACCGCUAUUGGGGCACAGUGUGUGCACAGCGGGGAACUUCUUGUUUGUCCUCGGUGGAGAGAGCCCUUCUGGCAGCGCCUCCUCUCCCCAAGCCGACGGCCCGCGGGUGGUCACGGCCCAAGUGCACCGUUAUGACCCCCGCUUCCGCGCUUGGACGGCGGUACCCGCUAUGCGGGAAGCGCGGGCCCACUUCUGGUGUGGCGCCGUGGGUGAGGGACUGCUGGCCGUCGGGGGCCUAGGAGCGGGCGGCGAAGCGCUGGCCACGGUGGAGAUGUACGAUUUGCGCUGGGACCGCUGGACAGCAGCUGGGGCGCUGCCACGGGCUCUGCAUGGUCACGCGGGGGCUGUUGGGGACCGCGGUGUGGUAUACAUCUCCGGGGGCAAGGCAGGGAGAGGCGAGGGCGGCUCGAGCAGUCUCAGGGACGUGUACUCCCUGGGCCCCGGGGAGCGGGCCUGGAGCAAGAGGGCGCCUAUGGGCACGGCCCGCUUCGGGCACCACAUGGCUGCACUUCGCGGUGCGGUGUUUGCUUUUCUGGGGCGCUAUGAGCCUUUUUCUGAGAUUGAGCGUUACGACCCAGGCACCGACCAAUGGACUCGGCUGCGGCCACUGCCCUAUGACCGCUUCUGCUAUGGGCUGGCGGUGGUGGAGGAGACAGCGCUGCUGCUGGGUGGUGUCAAGUGGCGGGACUCGCGCCAGGUGCCUACCCGCAACGUGGUGGGCUAUGAUCUCGACCUGGACUGCUGGGAGGACAUAGGCUGCACGCUGCCCUGGGCCUGGAGUGGCCUGCAGUGCGCAGUACUGCAGCUGGCCGAGGGUGCGGACGAGGAGAGGGAGGGAGAGACCGGAGUGACCAGAGAGGCUCCAGAUUUAGUGUUGGGCUUAAUGGGUUAGUGCAGUCUCAGGUGGAUGGAGGUGAAAAUCGUGCUUCAGCAGGUUUUCAGAAUAACAUGUGGGCUUUUCCUAAGAAUGGGACUCUGGGGACGGCUCCUGAAGGUUAAGGAGGCAAAAAAAAGUUUGGCCAGAGAGGAACAUUUCCCUUUAAGCUAAGAAGGGGAGACAGGAGGGGUCAAGUAGAAGGACCUGUGAAU